CUCGAACCUUCCCCUUCCUUUUCCAUCUUUACUUUCCUCUCUCCCAAACCAGCUUCCUUCCCAAACCAGCUUCCUUCCCAAACGAGCCGGCGCCCCCCGUCUGCCAUCACCGGCAAUCAUGCUCCUACACCCCCCCUUUUGCACGCCUACGCGCCUUACCCCUUGCAUGCCUGCACCCUCAUCUGCACCGAGCCCUGCCUUGCCGCCUGCGCCCCUGCUGCUACACCUCCUGCACUCUGCGCCCAAUCACGCGCCCCUGCCUCCUGCAUGCUACAGCCAUACAGAAAAAAACAGCCAAUACUAGACAAAAUUGGCAUCAUUAGUGAUUGACAGAGCAAGGCUUUUUCAUUUUAUUUUAUUUUGUUGUUUGGGUACAUAUAUAGAGCAAAAAAGCAGAGUACAGGGAGGUCGAGGGGGGCUUUUUGGUUGAUUUUGGGUCUAUUUGUUGGGGAGUCUCGUCUGAGUUUUUGAGAGCAGUAGAAGGGGAUUUAGUGGAGAAGAAAGGGGGCAACAACGGCGGUUGAGAGGAAGGAUCACUGAGCUUCCAGAGAAGCUUCAUUUUCUGAGUUUCAUUGCUGAAGGUAUUUUCUGAAAUAGAGGGAUUUUGGGGAAGGGUAGUGAAGGAGACGAACGGAGCCUGGUCUCGUGGGUGGGAUCCCGCCCUUCUGAUCUGGAUUUACCUCCUCCUAAAAAUUCCGCCGUGGGUGUUUCUGUUAUUUUUUGUUGAUUUUGUUUAGAUCUGUGUUUAAGCUUGUAUUUAGUUGUUGGAAAAUGAAUGGGAAUCAAAGAUUGUUCUGUUUAUUUUACCUGAUGAAUUUGUUUCUUGCUGAAAAUGAGAAGUAAAAUGAUGAACUCUAA